CAGGACCCACACUGGUGAGAGACCAUAUGAAUGUGACAUUUGUCACAAGCGGUUUAGUGUCCAAAGUCAUCUUGUGACGCACGUAAGGACCCACACUGGUGAGAAACACAAAUGAAAGUGACGUUUUGUACAAGCGAUUUAGUGACCAAAGUUAUCGUAUACGGCACGACACGACACACACUGUCAGAUGACGAUAUGAUUGUGAUCUUUCCUCAAGCGGUUUAUCCAGAAAAGUGCUAUUGCUUGACACGUCGGGACCUCCAAAAAAAAUGUGUAUGUAGUGUCCACAUGACAUGCUUUUGAUAAGCCAUUUUGUGUAUCGUUUAUGCCAUGAGAUAUACAUUUCUCUGACAAGAUGAAGAACUAUUAAGGUUCUUUGGAAGAUUAGUCACGACGAUGCUACGAACGAGAAAUAUGAAGAACAAUCUAUUUUCGACAUUGAUUUUUGUUUUGCUUCUUAAUCGCUUGUUAAUCGAGACGAACUUUGUUCUUGAAAGUGUUAUUCGUAUUUUUUUGUAAAUUAUGUGAUUUGGGCGUUCAAUAAAAUAUUAGUUUGUCUGUAAUAUAAAAAUAGUACAGAAUUAAAACAUUUUUAAUUGUACUUGUGCUUUGAAUGUAACAGUGUUGAAGAUGUCCGUAGCUACAUAUAGUAAUGAUAUUCACUAGACUGCGUGCUUGGUCGUUCUCGCCAGUCUAACCUACUCUCUUCUUGUCUUGUUGCAGCUCUCCACUCCCUCUUCUGUACGGCACCACGCUCCUCCGAUGAAAUGCAUUCUGUUGACUUUUCACUUACACGUGCCAUCUCCUGUUGCAGCCGCUGACUCCGGCACAGCGAGAGAGACAACUCCCACCGACCGCCCUACGAACGCCCCGUGUCCGCUGCACGAGGGGAAGCAGGAGGCUGAGGACGGGAAGACCUUACUCCACGAGGAGCUCAUUCUGGACGACGAUGGCCCAGAAGGCGCUGACUCCAGCAUGCCGAGGGGACCGACGCCCGCACACCGCCCUCCGCGCCCCACCGACCCGCUGCAUCGGGCGUAUCAAGUGGCCGCGGACGAGAAGAUCACACAGCACCAGAGAGUGACUGUGGCAGAGGGUCCGGAAAGUUCAGGCAGCAGCGAGAACGGCCAGCUUGUGGUGACGAGGAGCUACUCGCUCCGCACCCGCCUGAGCUACGCCAUCCGAGACGGAGGAGAAGGCGGACUACGGGACGACGAUGAUCUCGAGCUGCACCCUGAAAGCAAUGGCGAGGACGACGUUGCCCUGGAGCAGCACCCCGAGGAUGGCGGCCAGGAAGCCGCUAGCGAGGCAGAGGCGGCCGAGGACAACAGCGGUUCAAAGCUGCACAAGGACCAAGUGCAGCGGAAGCAGAGGAACCGAUUGCCAACAGGGCGUGUUUACGGCGGACAAGAGUCGUACAAGUGUAAUGAGUGCCAAAGGUGUUUCACAAGGAAAAAUGAUCUUGCUAAGCACGUUAGGAGUCACACUGGUGAGAGACCAUAUGAAUGUGACAUUUGUCACAAGCGGUUUAGUAAUCAAAGUAAUCUUGCUCCGCACGUCAGGACCCACACUGGUGAGAAACCAUACGAAUGUGACAUUUGUAAUAAGCGUUUUAGCCGGAAAGAUGUUCUUGAUAUUCACGUCAGGACCCACACUGGUGAGAGACCAUAUGAGUGUGACAUUUGUCACAAGCGGUUUAGUGUCCAAAGUAAUCUUGUGACCCACGUGAAGAUUCACACUGGUGAGAAACCAUAUGAAUGUGAUGCCUGUCACAAGCGUUUUAUACAGAAAAGUGCUCUUACUUACCACUUGAGGACUCCUAAAAAAUGUGUAUCUAAUGUCCACAUGAGACGCUUUUGAUAAACCAUAUUUUCCAUCGUUUAAGCCAUAAGGGGCACAUUUCUUUGGCCAAGAUGAAGAGCUAUUAAGGUCUUUUGCAUGAUUGAUCACGACAAGAUGCUACGCACAAGAAUUAUCAAGAACAAGCUAUUUUCGGUAUUGAUUUUUAUUUUGCUUGUUAAUCGAGACUUUGUUCUUGACAGUUUCUGUUGGUAUUUUGUGUAAAUUAUGUAAUUUUGGCGUAUAUUAAAAUGUCAGUUUGUUAUCAAUAAUAACAGUACAGAAUUAUCAA